GUAGUCCGCUGCGCGCAUGCCGACUGCUGCUACUCGCCCCUCAGCGACGUGGCCAAGCAGGUGACGGGGUUGGAGUAUGAGCUGUACCUGCAGCAGCGCCUGGCUGAGGCGGGGCUGGCCUUCUGGAGCGAGGGGGAGCUGCGGCAGCUGGGCUUCCACAAGACGCCGGACUGCAAACUCAAGGUCCCCGUGGCGGUCCGCUCCCGGUCUGGCAGCGAGCACCUUGUGUGCUGGGUGGACAGCAAGGCCACAUUCGGGGAUCACCGCACCCACAUAAAGCAGGUGGAGGAGCAGUACUGCACGUACGUCAACAGGUACGGCCCUGGUAUGGUGAUUUACUGGUUUGGCUUUGUGGAGGACCUCAACACUGAUCCGCAUGUGCUGCUGUGCGAUGAUUUCCCG